UCUUAGGAAUCAGGACUCUCUCCCUCCCUCCAAAAUCAACCACUCCUCUCUCUCUCUCUCUGUAUAUAUAUAUAACUAGAACUUGAUGCUUCCCAGUUCCAACCUGCAGACUCUCACUCAUUAACCAACAAUGAUCGAAUCAAACCCACCUCUCUUGCUCUCUUAUGGAGCCCUUUCUGCUCAAAUUCCUGCUGCAGUGGAAUGCAAUGAUCCCCAGGGGGGAGUAAUCAUGGAGGAAUGCCAACUCCCACUGAUAGAUUUGAAUGGCCUCAACAGUGGCAAUGAAAUGGAGAGGGUAGCUUGCGCUAUGGCUAUUUGCAGAGCUUCAUCAGAGUGGGGAUUCUUUCAGGUAGUGAACCAUGGUAUAAGCCCUGAGUUACUCAGGAAUAUAAGAAGAGAGCAAGUGAAAUUGUUUCAAACACCUUUUCCUAAGAAGGCUACUUGUGGACUUCUGAACAAUUCAUAUAGAUGGGGAUCAGCAAAGGCUACCUGUCCCAAGCAGUUCUCCUGGUCUGAGGCUUUCCACAUUCCUCUCACCAAAAUUUCAGAGGAAGCUUGCUAUGGAGAAUUUACCUCUUUAAGGGAAGUGAUGAUGGAAGUUGCAGGGGCAAUGUCAAAACUAGCCAAGUUGCUUGCAGGCGUCCUGGCAGAAAACUUGGGUCAUCCAAUGGAAGUUUUUGAAGACGUGUGUCAUGAAAGCAAUUGCUUUCUUCGGUUGAAUCGGUACCCACCCUGCCCAAUAUCUCAGGAGAUCUUUGGCCUAGUGCCCCACACUGACAGUGAUUUUCUUACAAUCCUUCAUCAAGAUGAAGUUGGUGGACUUCAACUCAUGAAGGAUUCCAAAUGGGUGGCUGUAAAACCUAAUCAAGAAGCUCUUAUAGUCAACAUUGGAGAUAUUUUUCAGGCAUGGAGCAAUGAUGUUUACAAGAGUGUGGAGCACAAGGUGAUGGCCAACAGAAAGAUGGAGAGAUACUCAGUGGCCUACUUUCUAUGCCCUUCUUACGACUCCUUGAUAGGGAGUUGCACAGAGCCUUCCAUGUACAGAAAUUUCACAUUCGGAGAGUACAGGAGACAAGUUCAAGAGGAUGUCAAGAAAACUGGCCAUAAAAUAGGCCUUCCAAGAUUUCUACUUCAAAAUACACAUGAAAUCAGUAACUAAUCUCAGAAAGGUUGGGCAUCUCUGCUAAGCAGAGAUAAUACUAAUGGUUCCACCACAUAAUUAAUUCAUUACAGCUGAAUGUGAAAAACUAAAGAAAGAAAUUACAUCCAAGGCAUAAGGUUUCAUCAUGCAUAAUUCAGCUCUGCAGGGGGGAAACACAAGAGAAUACUCGGUAUUUACACAAGUUCAAAUUAAUUCACCAUUGAUUCAAAGCAAAAUGGGAGAAAUUUAGGUUCCCUACUGGAAAUCAUACAAGAGGAAUAUGUAUACAUUGGUUCAAUAAGCCAAGGAAAAAAGACCACCACUAGGUUUAAUAAAUAUAUACCAUGCGUGAUUACUUCUUGCAUUUAGUUCUUGUAUUACACUGGUAGUAGACGUAAAACCAUCCAUUCUGGUUCUAUAUUUUUUUGAAUAAAAUAAUUGGCUAAUUC